AUGGGCAAGUUUCACAACAUCCUUUCAACCCCCGUCAAUGAGGAGUACCUGUUUCGUUCAGAAGGUGGUACCAAAGGCGCCGUGGCGUCCGAGGCGAGAGAAUGCAGUUACAUAGGAAGGGAUCUGCUCGCGCGUGGUGGAAAUGCUGUUGAUGCCAUGGUCGGGACGACCUUUUGUGUCGGCGUUAUCGGCAUGUAUCACUCGGGCAUUGGCGGAGGUGGCUUCAUGCUCGUGCGGGAUGAAAAGGGCAACUAUGAAGCUAUCGACUUUCGCGAGUCAGCUCCAGCCGCAGCCCAUGAGAACAUGUACCAGGGAAAUGUCGAGGGAAGCAUCCAUGGAGGCUUGUCCGUCGGCGUACCUGGCGAGGUUCGGGGGUUGGAGUACGUUCACAAGAAAUACGGUAAACUCCCAUGGAAUACCGUCAUGCAAGGGGCUAUCAAGAUAGCCAAUGAUGGCUUCAAAAUCAAUGGUGACAUGAACAAGUUUGUGUCCAAGUUGUCCGCUGGAAAGUACAACUUCCUCGUAGAAGACCCUUCAUGGGCUGAGGAUUUCACUCGAGAUGGACAACUUCUCCGGGAGGGAGACACCAUCACAAGACCUCGAUAUGCACGCACUCUUCAGGCCAUUGCCGAUCGUGGCUCUGAAGCCUUUUACACCGGCCCCAUCGCCGAGAGCAUGAUCAAGACCAUUCAAGAAUCCAACGGCACAAUGACACUCGAGGACCUCGCAAACUACAGGGUCAUCUCUCGAAAGGUCCUGCACACCGAGUACAAAGGUUACGACGUCUACGGCAUCAGCUCCCCUGCUGGCGGCGCCGUCUCUCUCAACAUCCUAAACACCAUGGACGGAUACGACGAUCAGAGUCAGGAUGGCAAUCUUACACUACACAGAUACAUCGAGGCCAUGAAGUUUGCGUACGGGGCUCGGCUGCGGUUAGGAGAUCCCGACUUUGUUGACGAUGUGCCCAAUUUUGAGGAAGAGAUGCUCAACGCAACGACGGCUGAAAAGAUUCGCAGCCGUAUCGACCCCUUGACUACACAAGACAUUGAGAAAUAUGACCCCUCGAGGAUCUACUCGUCUAACGGCCAUGGAACCUCUCACAUUGUCACGGCAGAUGUGGACGGCAUGGCUGUCUCCCUGACCACGACCGUCAACCUCAUCUUUGGAUCGCUUCUCAUGGAUAACCUCACCGGCGUCAUCCUAAACAACGAGAUGAACGACUUUUCUAUUCCCGGUGUUCCCAACGAGUUUGGCUUUGCCCCGGCUGAGGAGAACUUUAUCCGCCCAAACAAGCGCCCCUUAUCUUCAUGCACCCCCAUAAUCGUCUCCCUCAAAGACGGUACCCUAGUAGCUGUUCUCGGAGCCGCUGGCGGUUCCCGCAUCAUCUCGUCGACGACUCAGGUCGCCUGGCGCAUCCUCACCUCACCAUCGUGGAGCGUCAAAGACGCUGUGCGCGAGCCCAGGAUGCACAACCAGUUGCUGCCCAACCAGCUCCUCCUUGAAAACAGGUUCAGCCGCUGGGAAGUGCCCGGGCUGAGGGCCAAGGGGCACAACAUUACCUGGGUCGAGGAGGGGUUGAGCGCAGUGCAGGCAUUGACGAGGGACAGUGACGGUGUAUUUGAUGUUGCAGCCGAGUCGAGGCAGAAGAAUAGCGGAGGCUUUACAUUGUAA